ACACAUGUUGCUGGCCUGAACGCAUUCUCCAGAGCUCACACAGGAAUACUCUUUGAUAAGGUGAGGUGUUCUGAAUGCCUCGGACCUAUCCGUGUGAGCCGUUCAGACUUCCAUUCCUUCCGCACGGACCGUUUCAGUCAACAUCUAGCACGACCUGCUGACUGCGCCACGAGGACCGGGUAGGACUAGGACCACAGACCUGCGCCGUGCCUGGUAAGAUCGACUUCGCCCCAUUCCUCCGGUGUUGGGCUCAGCCAUUCCGCAGCCGUUCCGUGUUUUGUGUGAAACUUCUAUGGCAUCUUUGGUGGUGGCCUGGUCAAUCAAAAAUGUGAUUUGUGGCAUCAUUUGCCUGCUGGCACUUGCUUGGACGGGUCGAAAAUACAGCGAGGACUCAUCCCUGCAAGAUGUGCUGGAUGGAUUGCAUGAGAAUGAUGAGGAGACCAAAACCUCCAUCGAGUCGAUCGAGGCCUGGAUGGCACCAACAUUUCAGGCGCUGCCGAAGCACCAGGAACGCCUGCAGACCCUGGCCGCCAAGCAUUUGCUGCAUUCUUAUUUCAAUUUGAACUAUGGCCUGAAGAUCGAAGGCCUGCAGUUUCACACGUCUCAGCGAGAUCCCAAUGCACAGGCAUUGGAGUCCUUGGCCUUGCUCCGCAGGGCGCCCAAAUUGAAAGCGGCGCUGCAGGAAUCCUCCAAGGGCUUUCACCUGAAGGAGCUCGCGAGCAUUGCUUUGCUGCUUAACAGGCUGAUGUUGAGGGAGGUCAAGAUCACCUUCAAGGUGGCCUGGCGACUCCGGAACCAUUCCGCCUCGGCGGAGCUCAGCUGGGAGGAGCUUCAUGAAGUGUUUUGCGCAGCCCUGGUGGUGGCGCACGACUGGGACCAGGUGAUUAUCCACUCCGAGUCCCUGAAGCGUGGCGCCUCUCCCGCCUUCCACGAGCGCUUCCGUAUUGGACAGGACUUCGCCAUGGGUCAUAUCAAAUCCUGGUGGAAUCUGCGGAAGUUUGUCCUGAAACUUUCUCAGCAGACCCUGCCACCGGCACCGGUGUAUUCCUUUAAGACAGCGUUGCCCAUCUAUUUAGCGCUCUUCUUGGGCUAUGGCAACUAUCAAAACUUGGAUUGUCAAGAUAUGAAGACGCACAUGCAGACACUGGAAGGGAGAGCUCCGGGAGGAAGACACCCUGGGCGCCUCAAUCUCAGUGCAACCCGGUGAAAAAGAGACCACCUGGUUCCGGGAAUAUCCAAGCCUGGUAGGGUACUUGCAGAAGCUUGAUGCUAUCGAUACAUUCUAUCCGAAGAAUCCCUCGGUGAUCGUGACCAACUAUGUGGAUGGGAGCCACAACUGUGUUGCUGGAAAUGCAAAUUUUGCACUGUGCUGCAUCAGCGAUUGCAUCAGCAUCCUGAGAACCUAUGAGCAGGAGGUGCAGGAACCGCACACCACGCCGGAAGAGGUGCUGCGGAUCACUAAGACCAUGCC